AUGUCCUUUGCCGAAGCAAAAGUUCUUUCGAUAACGCCACUGUCCAACGACGAGUCGCGAUGGGUGUCUCUGCAUCGCAUCGCAUACAAGGACCCCAAAGGCACCGAGCGAGUCUGGGAAUCUGCUGAAAGACGCACUCGUCCCGCCGGCGCAGACAUCGAUGGCGUUGGCAUCGUCGCCAUCCUAGACAAGCCCACGGGCAAGGAGAUUAUCCUGCAGAAGCAGUACCGACCACCCGUCGACAAGGUCGUGAUCGAGGUCCCGGCUGGCCUGAUCGAUGCGGGCGAAACCCCCGAGCAGGCUGCCGUGCGCGAGCUCAAGGAGGAGACGGGAUAUGUCGGCGUCGUGUCCGAGACGACGCCCAUCAUGUACAACGACCCGGGCUUUUGCAACACGAACCUGCGCAUGGUGCACGUCACCAUCGACAUGUCAUUGCCGGAGAACCAAGACCUGAAGCCAGAGCUGGAAGAAAACGAGUUCAUCGAAGUCUUCACCGUGCCGUUGGCGAGCUUAUGGGAGGAGUGCAAGAAGCUGGAGGCCGAGGGCUAUGCGAUUGACGCGCGAGUCGGCACAUUCGCUGAGGGCAUCCUGCUGGCACAGAGAUUAAAGCUAUGA